AUGCCCCUUCAAAUACUGCUGAGCGGCCUCAAAUGCCCAGUGUUGCUUCUGCUGUUGCUGCUGCAGCAGCUGCAGCAGCAACAGCAGCAGCAGCUGCAGCAGCAGCUGCAGCAGCAACAGCAGCAAGAUAUAUGCCUGCUGCGUCAACUAAAGGAGGAAGCCCCUAAGAGCCGCUGCCCCCUGCUGCUGCUUCUGCUUCUCUCGUUGCAGCUCCAGCAGCAGAGCCUGCAGCAGCAACAGCAGCAGCAGCAACAACAGCAGCAACACCCUCAACCAAAUUGCUGCCAGCAGCAGCAGCAGCAGCAUCAGCAUCAGCAGCAAGAACAGAGGCAACAGCAAGGACAGCACCAGCAGCAAGAGCAGCAGCAACAGCAGCAGCAACACCAAGAGCAACAAAAGCAGCGGCAGCAGCAAGACCAGCAACCAAGAGCGACAGCAGCAGCAGCAGCAGCAGCAGCAUAA